AUUAUUAUCUAGGGGUUUUCGUCAAUCUCAUAAGGUAUAAAUUGUGUGCAAUUUGACGAUACGAUAUCAGUUGUAGUGCAAUUACCAAAGUGGAACAAACAAAUUCCUGGAAUAUUGGGAUAUGAAAGGUAUAACACUAACGCUGCUUGCGGCGUUAGCACUCUCAGAGGGUGCCCGCUUAACUUGGAGUGACUGUCUUAACACAGAUACUGUAAAUAUCUUAGUACCACACGAAAACUGCCAUAAAUUUUACCAGUGUGAUGAUGGAAAAUUGAUCACAAGAAAAUGUCCUGCAAAGUUAGUGUUCAAUGUAGACGACCAACGAUGUGACUGGCCCUAUAACGUUGACUGUCAAAAUAGAGUUAUUCCUGAAGACAGUUCUGAAGAAGAAGCUGAAUCUGGAACCGGUGGAGGAAAUAAUGACCCUGGUCAGGCACCUGAAAUCUGCGCUGCUGAUGAGUCAGACAGUAUCUUAGUAGCCCACGAGUACUGCAACAAAUAUUAUAUCUGCAGUGAUGGUAAACCUGUUGCUGUUUCGUGUCCCUCAGGUUUGUUCUUCAAUGCUGAUAUAGAUCAAUGUGAUUGGCCAAAGAACGUGGAAUGCGAUCGAGAAAUUGCACCACAACCACAGCCUGAAGAUUCCGAUGAAAACAAUAGUGAUGAAGUUGAAGUUCCAAAACCAGAACCUCAGCCCGAACCUCAACCAGAACCUCAACCAGAUAGCAGUGAAGCAGACAAUAAUGGACCUGUCGGUGGAGGAAAUGGCGAUCCUAGUCUAGCACCUGAAAUUUGUGCUGCUGCAGAUUCUGAGGGCACGCUUAUCGCUCAUGAGUAUUGUAACAAAUUCUAUAUAUGCAAUGGAGGCAGACCAGUUGCCCAACAAUGCUACCCUGGGCUUUUCUUCAACCCUGACACAGAUCAGUGCGACUGGCCUAGAAACGUAGAUUGUGAUCGUGAAAUCGCGCCUCAACCACAGCCUGAAGAUUCCGAUGAAAGCAAUAGUGAUGAAGUUGUAGUCCCUGAGCCAGAACCACAGCCCGAACCUCAACCAGAACCUCUACCAGAUAGCAGUGAAGAAGACAAUAAUGGACCUGUCGGUGGAGGAAAUGGCGAUCCUAGUCUAGCACCUGAAAUUUGUGCUGCUGCAGAUUCUGAGGGAACACUUAUCGCUCAUGAGUAUUGCAAUAAAUUCUAUAUAUGCAAUGGAGGCCGACCAGUUGCCCAACAAUGCUCCCCUGGGCUUUUCUUCAACCCUAACACAGAUCAGUGCGACUGGCCUAGAAACGUAGAUUGUGAUCGUGAAAUCGCGCCUCAACCACAGCCUGAAGAUUCCGAUGAAAGCAAUAGUGAUGAAGUUGUAGUCCCUGAGCCAGAACCACAGCCAGAACCUCAACCAGAACCUCAACCAGAUAGCAGUGAAGAAGACAAUAAUGGACCUGUCGGUGGAGGAAAUGGCGAUCCUAGUCUAGCACCUGAAAUUUGUGCUGCUGCAGAUUCUGAGGGAACACUUAUCGCUCAUGAGUAUUGCAAUAAAUUCUAUAUAUGCAAUGGAGGCCGACCAGUUGCCCAACAAUGCUCCCCUGGGCUUUUCUUCAACCCUAACACAGAUCAGUGCGACUGGCCUAGAAACGUAGAUUGUGAUCGUGAAAUCGCGCCUCAACCACAGCCUGAAGAUUCCGAUGAAAGCAAUAGUAAUGAAGUUGUAAUCCCUGAGCCAGAACCACAGCCCGAACCUCAACCAGAACCUCAACCAGAUAGCAGUGAAGAAGACAAUAAUGGACCUGUCGGUGGAGGAAAUGGCGAUCCUAGUCUAGCACCUGAAAUUUGUGCUGCUGCAGAUUCUGAGGGAACACUUAUCGCUCAUGAGUAUUGCAAUAAAUUCUAUAUAUGCAAUGGAGGCCGACCAGUUGCCCAACAAUGCUCUCCUGGGCUUUUCUUCAACCCUAACACAGAUCAGUGCGACUGGCCUAGAAACGUAGAUUGUGAUCGUGAAAUCGCGCCACAACCACAGCCUGAAGAUUCCGAUGAAAGCAAUAGUAAUGAAGUUGUAGUCCCUGAGCCAGAACCACAGCCAGAACCUCAACCAGAACCUCAACCAGAUAGCAGUGAAGAAGACAAUAAUGGACCUGUCGGUGGAGGAAAUGGCGAUCCUAGUCUAGCACCUGAAAUUUGUGCUGCUGCAGAUUCUGAGGGAACACUUAUCGCUCAUGAGUAUUGCAAUAAAUUCUAUAUAUGCAAUGGAGGCCGACCAGUUGCCCAACAAUGCUCCCCUGGGCUUUUCUUCAACCCUAACACAGAUCAGUGCGACUGGCCUAGAAACGUAGAUUGUGAUCGUGAAAUCGCGCCUCAACCACAGCCUGAAGAUUCCGAUGAAAGCAAUAGUAAUGAAGUUGUAGUCCCUGAGCCAGAACCACAGCCCGAACCUCAACCAGAACCUCAACCAGAUAGCAGUGAAGAAGACAAUAAUGGACCUGUCGGUGGAGGAAAUGGCGAUCCUAGUCUAGCACCUGAAAUUUGUGCUGCUGCAGAUUCCGAGGGAACACUUAUCGCUCAUGAGUAUUGCAAUAAAUUCUAUAUAUGCAAUGGAGGCAGACCAGUUGCCCAACAAUGCUCCCCUGGGCUUUUCUUUAACCCUAACACAGAUCAGUGCGACUGGCCUAGAAACGUAGAUUGUGAUCGUGAAAUCGCGCCACAACCACAGCCUGAAGAUUCCGAUGAAAGCAAUAGUAAUGAAGUUGUAGUCCCUGAGCCAGAACCACAGCCAGAACCUCAACCAGAACCUCAACCAGAUAGCAGUGAAGAAGACAAUAAUGGACCUGUCGGUGGAGGAAAUGGCGAUCCUAGUCUAGCACCUGAAAUUUGUGCUGCUGCAGAUUCUGAGGGAACACUUAUCGCUCAUGAGUAUUGCAAUAAAUUCUAUAUAUGCAAUGGAGGCCGACCAGUUGCCCAACAAUGCUCCCCUGGGCUUUUCUUCAACCCUAACACAGAUCAGUGCGACUGGCCUAGAAACGUAGAUUGUGAUCGUGAAAUCGCGCCUCAACCACAGCCUGAAGAUUCCGAUGAAAGCAAUAGUAAUGAAGUUGUAGUCCCUGAGCCAGAACCACAGCCCGAACCUCAACCAGAACCUCAACCAGAUAGCAGUGAAGAAGACAAUAAUGGACCUGUCGGUGGAGGAAAUGGCGAUCCUAGUCUAGCACCUGAAAUUUGUGCUGCUGCAGAUUCUGAGGGAACACUUAUCGCUCAUGAGUAUUGCAAUAAAUUCUAUAUUUGCAAUGGAGGCCGACCAGUUGCCCAACAAUGCUCCCCUGGGCUUUUCUUCAACCCUAACACAGAUCAGUGCGACUGGCCUAGAAACGUAGAUUGUGAUCGUGAAAUCGCGCCACAACCACAGCCUGAAGAUUCCGAUGAAAGCAAUAGUAAUGAAGUUGUAGUCCCUGAGCCAGAACCACAGCCAGAACCUCAACCAGAACCUCAACCAGAACCUCAACCAGAUAGCAGUGAAGAAGACAAUAAUGGACCUGUCGGUGGAGGAAAUGGCGAUCCUAGUCUAGCACCUGAAAUUUGUGCUGCUGCAGAUUCUGAGGGAACACUUAUCGCUCAUGAGUAUUGCAAUAAAUUCUAUAUAUGCAAUGGAGGCCGACCAGUUGCCCAACAAUGCUCCCCUGGGCUUUUCUUCAACCCUAACACAGAUCAGUGCGACUGGCCUAGAAACGUAGAUUGUGAUCGUGAAAUCGCGCCUCAACCACAGCCUGAAGAUUCCGAUGAAAGCAAUAGUAAUGAAGUUGUAGUCCCUGAGCCAGAACCACAGCCCGAACCUCAACCAGAACCUCAACCAGAUAGCAGUGAAGAAGACAAUAAUGGACCUGUCGGUGGAGGAAAUGGCGAUCCUAGUCUAGCACCUGAAAUUUGUGCUGCUGCAGAUUCCGAGGGAACACUUAUCGCUCAUGAGUAUUGCAAUAAAUUCUAUAUAUGCAAUGGAGGCAGACCAGUUGCCCAACAAUGCUCCCCUGGGCUUUUCUUUAACCCUAACACAGAUCAGUGCGACUGGCCUAGAAACGUAGAUUGUGAUCGUGAAAUCGCGCCACAACCACAGCCUGAAGAUUCCGAUGAAAGCAAUAGUAAUGAAGUUGUAGUCCCUGAGCCAGAACCACAGCCAGAACCUCAACCAGAACCUCAACCAGAACCUCAACCAGAUAGCAGUGAAGAAGACAAUAAUGGACCUGUCGGUGGAGGAAAUGGCGAUCCUAGUCUAGCACCUGAAAUUUGUGCUGCUGCAGAUUCUGAGGGAACACUUAUCGCUCAUGAGUAUUGCAAUAAAUUCUAUAUAUGCAAUGGAGGCCGACCAGUUGCCCAACAAUGCUCCCCUGGGCUUUUCUUCAACCCUAACACAGAUCAGUGCGACUGGCCUAGAAACGUAGAUUGUGAUCGUGAAAUCGCGCCUCAACCACAGCCUGAAGAUUCCGAUGAAAGCAAUAGUAAUGAAGUUGUAGUCCCUGAGCCAGAACCACAGCCCGAACCUCAACCAGAACCUCAACCAGAUAGCAGUGAAGAAGACAAUAAUGGACCUGUCGGUGGAGGAAAUGGCGAUCCUAGUCUAGCACCUGAAAUUUGUGCUGCUGCAGAUUCUGAGGGAACACUUAUCGCUCAUGAGUAUUGCAAUAAAUUCUAUAUAUGCAAUGGAGGCCGACCAGUUGCCCAACAAUGCUCCCCUGGGCUUUUCUUCAACCCUAACACAGAUCAGUGCGACUGGCCUAGAAACGUAGAUUGUGAUCGUGAAAUCGCGCCUCAACCACAGCCUGAAGAUUCCGAUGAAAGCAAUAGUAAUGAAGUUGUAGUCCCUGAGCCAGAACCACAGCCCGAACCUCAACCAGAACCUCAACCAGAUAGCAGUGAAGAAGACAAUAAUGGACCUGUCGGUGGAGGAAAUGGCGAUCCUAGUCUAGCACCUGAAAUUUGUGCUGCUGCAGAUUCUGAGGGCACGCUUAUCGCUCAUGAGUAUUGUAACAAAUUCUAUAUAUGCAAUGGAGGCAGACCAGUUGCCCAACAAUGCUCCCCUGGGCUUUUCUUCAACCCUAACACAGAUCAGUGCGACUGGCCUAGAAACGUAGAUUGUGAUCGUGAAAUCGCGCCUCAACCACAGCCUGAAGAUUCCGAUGAAAGCAAUAGUAAUGAAGUUGUAGUCCCUGAGCCAGAACCACAGCCCGAACCUCAACCAGAACCUCAACCAGAUAGCAGUGAAGAAGACAAUAACGGACCUGUCGGUGGAGGAAAUGGCGAUCCUAGUCUAGCACCUGAAAUUUGUGCUGCUGCAGAUUCUGAGGGAACACUUAUCGCUCAUGAGUAUUGCAAUAAAUUCUAUAUAUGCAAUGGAGGCCGACCAGUGGCCCAACAAUGCUCCCCUGGGCUUUUCUUUAACCCUAACACAGAUCAGUGCGACUGGCCUAGAAACGUAGAUUGUGAUCGUGAAAUCGCGCCACAACCACAGCCUGAAGAUUCCAAUGAAAGCAAUAGUAAUGAAGUUGUAAUCCCUGAGCCAGAACCACAGCCCGAACCUCAACCAGAACCUCAACCAGAUAGCAGUGAAGAAGACAAUAAUGGACCUGUCGGUGGAGGAAAUGGCGAUCCUAGUCUAGCACCUGAAAUUUGUGCUGCUGCAGAUUCUGAGGGAACACUUAUCGCUCAUGAGUAUUGCAAUAAAUUCUAUAUAUGCAAUGGAGGCCGACCGGUUGCCCAACAAUGCUCCCCUGGGCUUUUCUUCAACCCUAACACAGAUCAGUGCGACUGGCCUAGAAACGUAGAUUGUGAUCGUGAAAUCGCGCCUCAACCACAGCCUGAAGAUUCCGAUGAAAGCAAUAGUAAUGAAGUUGUAGUCCCUGAGCCAGAACCACAGCCAGAACCUCAACCAGAACCUCAACCAGAUAGCAGUGAAGAAGACAAUAAUGGACCUGUCGGUGGAGGAAAUGGCGAUCCUAGUCUAGCACCUGAAAUUUGUGCUGCUGCAGAUUCUGAGGGCACGCUUAUCGCUCAUGAGUAUUGUAACAAAUUCUAUAUAUGCAAUGGAGGCAGACCAGUUGCCCAACAAUGCUCCCCUGGGCUUUUCUUCAACCCUAACACAGAUCAGUGCGACUGGCCUAGAAACGUAGAUUGUGAUCGUGAAAUCGCGCCUCAACCACAGCCUGAAGAUUCCGAUGAAAGCAAUAGUAAUGAAGUUGUAGUCCCUGAGCCAGAACCACAGCCGGAACCUCAGCCGGAACCUCAGCCAGAAGGCGGUGAAGGAGGAAAUAAUGAACCUUCUGGUAACGGAAAUAAUGAUCCAAAUGAAGCUCCCUCUAUUUGCGCUGCCGAGGAAUCUGAUGGAAUCUUAAUUGCUCAUGAAUUUUGCAAUAAGUUUUAUAUUUGCAGGCAGGGGAUACCAGUAACCUUGAUAUGCCCUCUAGGACUAUUUUUCAAUGCAUAUAAAGAUCAAUGCGACUGGCCUAAAAAUGUCAAAUGUGACCGAGAAAUCGCACCCCAACCCGAAACUUCAAACGAAAAUAAUGAUAAUUUGAUCAUAAUUCCUGAGCUUGAUUUAAACCCGCUACCGCAACCAGACGAUGGACACGAUGAUCCGAGUCAAGUAGCUUCCAUCUGUGCCGCUUCUGAAUCAGAGGGAGCUUUGGUGGCUCAUGAAAACUGCAAUCAAUUUUAUAUUUGUAUUCAAGGCAAUCCUCUAACUUUAAUAUGCCCUAACGAUCUUUUAUUCAAUCCUUCCACUAAGCAGUGUGACUGGCCUGAGAAAGUAAACUGUGCAGGUGGCAUUGCAGCCCGACCUGAAAGCAAUGAUAAUAAUCCAGAGGAUGUGAAGGAUGGCAAUAGUGAUCCUACUGCUGCUCCUUCGAUCUGUGCCGCUGAUAAUUCCGAUGGUAUUCUAGUCGCUCACGAAAAUUGCAACCAGUUCUAUGUAUGUUCUAAUGGUAUUCCAGUUGCUCUUACAUGUCCCCUAGAUCUGAUGUACAAUCCUGGUUCCGAGCAGUGUGACUGGUCCGAUGAAGUAGACUGCGGAAAUAGAAUUAAGGAUUUAUAUUAGAUGUAUAUUACCGGAUAGACAAAAAAAAAUAUUUAAAUAAUUAACAAAUAUGCGAACUUUUUAUUUAUACUGCAAUAAAUGAUUAAAUUGUAA